UCUGUUUUUUUUGGUUUUGGUAAUAUUCUUUGUUAUAGGUCUGGGGUGUGUGUGUGUGCCGAAAUUGAGGCGUAAGAAAGCUUUGAAAAUGAUUGAGAAAUGCUUAAAUUUGCUCAAAUGUGAGCUCGCAAUCUGUGAAAAUGCUGCAUUUUGAUGGGUUUUUCGAGCUCUGUGGUCAAGAUUUGAAGGACUUGUGUUUCGCUGAGAAUUUACUGCGCUUAUUUUGCUUCUUUUAACGUUUUCUGCAAAACAAAACUGAAGAUUUCAUGCGUCGGGAGAUUUUCUUGGAGCCAAGAAUGCAUAAGGAGCUGCAGAGAAGAGAAAGAAGGCCUCCGAACAGAGAUUUAGAUAGUAAUAAAGAAAGAUAUUUUGGAUCUUUGGAAGAAAAUCUCGGAAAAGUGUUAUUUGAAUGCUUGGAGAAAAAAUCAUUUUUUAUGAAUGCGCGCAGCAUUAAUUAGAAGAGUAGUAAACGGAAGGCUUAAAGGCUUCAAUUGCAGAGAACAAAAAGUCUGAAGAUACUUUUUUCUGGUGGAAUUGGAAAAUACUUGAACCGGCAUGCGGACGGGGAAAUUUAGAGGCCGAUUUAGAAAUGGAUAAAUUGCUGUUAAAUUUGGCGGUAUUUGCGUAAAACGGUUUCAUUGCAUGAUAGAUUUGAUGGAAAGGAAUCGUGAAGGAAGACGUGGAGGUAAUGGCAGUGGAAAUGUUUCUUCCAGCCGCCGACCUAGAACGUUCGGGUUCAGGGAUGCUUCUGCAGAAGAUGAGAGUCAAAAUUCUAGAUUUCAUUCCAAGAAAGAAAGCCAUGGUUCAAGGAAACGGAAAAAUUGUCGAAGUUCCAAUGGGGAAUACCAUCUUGGCCAAAGUGAGGAGAGGGAUGAGAACUAUGAAGACUCUACUGUAAUGGCUGCUUCUGAAGAGGAUGACGAUCUUCCACCGCCUACAGUUGGGCGACAGGCAGGCAAAUUGAAGAUUCACUUGAAGAAUACUCAUGAGGAGGUCAAGCCCAUUGUAGUUCCCCGUAAGCUGCGUACAGCAAUGCUGAAACGUUACAAUGAGUCAGCUCCUAAGUCUCAUAAUGAGACUAGGAGGAAAUUGAACAUAGAAUUUGCUGUUGCAAAGGCAACUACUUCUUGUUCUGGCGCAGCCCCUGAAGCUGCCCAAGAUAUGAAGCUUAACAAUCACAAAAUCCAUUCUGACAAACAUCCAAAGGUAUCUUCAUCGACAAUAUCAGAACAAGAAGCUGAAGUUGCAGAAACUUUGUUUGAUCUGGCAAGAAUGUUCUCAAGUCAAGCAACAAAUUCUGAAACAAAAUCGCAAUCCAAUUCAGAGAUGAAGAUGGGGCCAAAUCAUACAAUGUCACCUCUAUCAUCUCUACAGCACUGUUCAUCACCUGUUACUACCAGGGCAGGUUCUCCAUCUUCAAGCCAUAACUUUAGUGCAUUAGGAGCUUCAAAAAGAAAGCACCCUGAUGUCUAUAAGUCAAAAGAUGCUGGAGAGGCUGUGGGUGAUGCUCAGUUCACAUUAACUGCUAAACGAUGCUUGUCUGCAAGUUCAUUGGGAACAGCUGCUGAAUCUGUGGAUGCUGAGCAAUUGACUGACACAAGACCGUUGCAGACAGAGGCGUGCGCUGGUCCUCUAGCAGAGCCCUUAGCUUUCUCUAUGGUAGCCUCAGUAGCAAUUUCCCCCAGCACAAGUGCUAAUGCUUCCCUCACACCCACACAGAUGUUGCAAACUGCUGAUUGCUCCAAGAUCGAAGAGAAAACUUUUCAGCGAGAAGAAUCUGAUAAUCACACAUUCAUACAGAAGGUCCCAAGCACCUAUAAUGUUUUAGAGAACAAGAGUUCUGUUACCAACUUUAAUGACGUGAAAAGUGACGCUGAAAAGGAUAUCAAAGCUGUUGGAAACUCAGUUGAAAAAGAGAAUCCAACAAAAAUAGAAGCUGAGAAUGGGCUACUGCAGUUGCCUCUUGCCAAAAGUAACUGCCCUGGCAAAUCAGAAAUUGAUCUGAUGGCUCCUCCUAAACCUGGUGAUGAGAUCAAUGACAUUAUGAAUAUGAAGAAGCUAGAUAUCAAGGAGAAACAAGAGGUUGAUAUUGAAGGAUAUGAACAAAAAGACAAGACAAUUAAUUAUCAAACUUCUGAACAGGAAAACCAAAUGACUGUGAAGAUAGAGCAAGAUGUGUGCAAAUAUCAGGAAUCUGGGAAAGCUAAUGAACAAACAAAAGAUACAUCUGAUCAAAGCAAUUGUCUGGACAGAUCAAAACAUGAUGUUGGUAAAGAAUCGCCAAGAGGAAGUGGGAAAAAUGUUAAGGCAGACUCGAGGGUGCAGAGAGGAGAUAGAUCUGCUUCAGCAACAACAUCAAUGCCAAUUGCAGUAACUGGUGUAACAGGCCCAACAUUACCCUUAUCUAUGGGACUUUCUGGUUGGUCAGCAGGACUUCCUGCAUUAGGAUAUUACUCUCCAGUAGCCGCCGCUGCCGCUGCAGCUGCAGCUGCUGCUUGGCCGUCAUCUCUACCUUUGGCAGGAACUUCCCCAGUUGACGAGAACAUCAAACUACCAUUGCCUCUUUUUCUCCAAACACGACAACCAUUGAAGCGCUCUGCCACACACGUAUAUAUAACUCAUUUCAUUGAAUCUCAGCAACAGUUAAGAAAGAACCCUUUGUGGGCUGCAGCUUUUGCUGCAAAUACUUAUAAUUUAAGCAUCCCAAUGGCACCGGGAGGUUUACUGGGUAAUGCUCUUGGUCAUGAAGUUAGAGGUUCUGGGUUAGGUGCAGGUACCGUUAAUGGAAGAGGAUAUGCAAUGUCAGCAGUUGCAAAGGAUAAGUCAUCUGAACCCUAUGUAGAUGUGGUUGGACGAAAGUCUCUUUCACAACAACAAACCCAAACAGCACAGCAGCAACUCUCUUUAUUUUCACAGACAGGACCACCUUAUCUGUUUCCUGUUACCCAGUCAGCCUCCACUUCCACAGCUGGAAGUGAUGCUGGAAGAGUAAAUGUUGGGUUAGGUGAAGUCAUGUUAAGCAAUGGCAACUCUGCAACGUUUAGCAGUUCAUCAGUUCAGGUUGCUCCAGUUGACACUGAAAAUGGUACUUCAAACAAGGGUGUUGCUAGCGCUGCUGCUGUACAGGCACAACUCCUGCAUUCUGUAAUCCAGCGCAACGUAUUUCCAUAUUCAUUCUCGCAUCAGCAAUUUGGACCACUUUUUAGUGGACAUCCAUCUCCACAACAGGUUGCUCAAUAUUACAGUAACCCUUACUUUGGUUCUCACUUAUUGCAACCUCUAACUCCUGCACAACAAUCGCAAAGUCUUUCUAAUUUGAUGUCAGAAACGACUGUCACUCAGAAGCAGCAAUAUUCCCAGGGAUGCAAUUUUGCUGCCUCCGGGCCUCUUCAGCAGGCAAUUCAUAAUGCUGAAGCUUCAUCUGUAGAUCAGAUCAGUAAAAAGGAGUGUGUAACAGUCAGUGGUAUUCCUUCUGCUGAAGUCAAAGCAAUAGCAUCAAGAAGUGUUUAUGGUCAGAAUUCUUCCAGUGUGAAUUUUCCUCCUGUACUUGCCGCAGGUAUGGGCACAUUUCCAGCUGAAUCUCAAGAUAUAAGUAAAACCUUUGUUGGAAAGCAGGAAAGCAAAAUGCAACAGUCGCAAACACAAUUGCAAUCCCAGUACCACGCAACACUAAAAUGGCAGCCACAACAGGAUAUUGACACAGUUAAUUGUGUAACUUCACCUGCAAUGAAUUUGAAAAGUCCCAAUCCGUAUGCAUCAGAAGCAGUGUCUCCAAUUAGUAUUGUCAAAAAUAAAGGAUCUGAUUCACUCCCAGCUGUUACAUUGGUUAUGGCUUCACAAGGCCACUCCGUUCUUCAGACUGCAGGUGAUAGCAUGACAGGUCUUGUUCACUACCAAACUGCUACUGAUAAAUUGCUUGUUUCUGGCCAAUCAUACAACUUCUCUAUAUCUGAAGGUCAAAAACAACAACAGCAACAUCGCACACAAAAACAAAGGCUAGCUUCUGUUGGCAUUGAAGAUGACAAGGCAAACAUUGAAGAAUGCAGUUUUAGCAACAGCGGUUGUAAAGAAGACAGAAAAUCAUCUUGCAAACUCCAGCCAAACCAAACAAAUAUUCCAAGAGUUGACUUGGAGGAAUCUCUAACAAAAAAUGCUUCUGGUGCACCAAGCACUGCUGGUUCACAUAUGAAUAUGGUGGCACCAAGUUUUCAAGGUGCAGCUUCUAGCUAUUAUAAUGUCUGUGCUCCUAGCCAACAAUUUUAUCAAGGCUCCAAGCAAAAGAUAGUUCAUUACAAGCCUGCUUCAAGCUCUAGUAUACUGACAGCACCAGCCACACUAGAUUCUACUAUGGUUACAUUUUCAGAAAAGACGCAUUCUUACCCACCUACAUUUAGUAAAAUGCCUCAACAAGCAUCAUCAUUUCUAGGGCAUGCUGUGAGCACUCCCAAUCAGGGGGUAAGGCGGGGAGGUACUCCUCAGGAGCAUGAAAAAAUUUCUCAACGAUCGGCAGCUGGAUCACCGGGACCUGCUACUUCUGGCUGUACAGUUCCAACCACAAUUUCCUCCAUGGAAAGAGCUCCAGGGAAAACGCCAAGGAAUCAUCAAUCUGCAACGAAUGUAGUUUCGUCAAGGUUACCUCCAGAUUCAUCCAUCUCUUCUUCUGGUGUCACAUCCUUAUCUCCCCUCUCACCAGUUCCAAGUGGUGCUGUUACUGCUAAAAGUGCUGUUUCAAUGAAAGAUUCCCUCUCACCAAAGUCUUCAUCUGGAAGCAGCUCAGGGAAAAAGACCUCGAUGCCAUUUCAAAUGAAUGGGACGACAAUGUUGGGAUCCAACUGUUUGGCUCAGAAUGUGCCUUUAAAACCUUCACAGUCACAGCUUGUUCAAAAUCAAUAUGAUAUUCAUCAGCAGCACAUUCCCUAUCCAUUCUUUCAGCAGACUGUUCAAUCCAUGGAGCCUGUGCAGAAGCAAUCAACGGUACCACAACAGUAUCAUUUGUCCACUAAUCAGCAACAAGCAGUUCAACUUCAGAAGCAAUCUUUGACAUCUAAACAGAACCUACAGCUUCGGCAGCAACUUUUUAUGCAGCAAAAUCCACUAUAUUUUCAGACACAGUCUCAUCAACGUCUAGAAAUUUCAUCACAACCCCAAACCACACUUACACAGCAUGUGGCAAAGCAAAUGAAGCCACAAUUCUCUCAACAGCAGAUGCUGGGAGCUCCUGCAACUUCUUUUGGUAUUGCAACAACUGCCGAUUUGCCUGCUGCUUUAUGCAUGGGGACUUCAGGAAAUACUUCUUUAACAGGAAUGUCUGAUGGAGUUGCACUACCACGUGGCACUGCAGCAGGAUCAUUAACACCUGCAAAGUUAACUACUGAUAUUAAUAAAUCAUCAUCUUGUUUUCAGAAGGCCAAUGGUACCGGGCCUACAUUUCUACCAAGUCACUGUGGUCCAUUGAAUUCUGUGGCUUCAACUCAGCAGCAGAUUAACAGUAACUAUACAAUGUCUUCACCUUAUUCAAAUCUAUUAUCUCAGGCCACUUCAAUUGCAGAUUCAACACAAAAGUCUGGGGAUGACAUGCCGGCAACAAGUAAUUGAAUUUUUACAUUGGCAAUACAAAUGUUCCAGUUUUGACCGGAGGGGAUGAUCAUCUAAAAAUAUUUGUGGCCAUGAAAGGAAAUGGAGUAUUGCUUCUACAUGGCGCUCUUGCUUGAGUGAUUUAUGUUCUGCAAGCGACGAUUCAUUCUCUCUCAAUAGUAACCAACUGAAAAUGGAGGGGAAAUGUGAGAACCAGACCUGUAAAAUUGGACUUGUAAAUGGACUUCUAGCUUCUAGCUGAUAUAGCAAAAAAUAUUCAAUAUAAUGUCGCUGGAGUAUAAUUCAAGACAACUUAAAUUAUGCUCAAUCCUGCUUUUAUAUUGAUUUCAUUCCUUGGUGACAUGCUUUUCCAACUGGUUGGGGCUACGGUGGUACAACUACAAUAUCUAUCGUUCCAUAGUUUUUAUCUAUAUCAUCCUCUGGGGGUGUUUGCAUUCUUACAUAUACCUGAUUUGUGAUUCACUCGUGUUGGAAUGCUUAGAGUAAAACUUUCUGCAUUCACAAAGCUUGUUCUCUUCUGGAGCACUAAGAACUCUACAAACGAGACAAGUUUGUUCUCUCAAGCUUUGUCUCAGUAAAUUCAACAGAAUUUCAUAUUCUGAAACACGUUUUUCACGUCCUUUUCCCAUAAAAAGCACAGAGGUUAUAACUGGACGGGAACAGAGACCAUAUAAUUUUUUGGUUAGUUGGUAGGACAGGACUCCCGGUGGAUUAGAAACUUCAAGACAAAGUUUGUCUUUCUGAAAGAGUAAAUAUGGGUAGUGAGACAAUAAAUACCAUGAUUGAACUAUAAUUUUUGUAACUUACUUCUUGUUUGAAUGAAAAAGGAAUAUUUAACAAUUG